CGGAAUUCCCUCCUGGUAUCUUGUCUGUUGUCUUUUAAGUCUAUUUGUUUACAGUAAAAUUUAUAUAUUUUUUUUUUAUUUAUUUUUUACAAAUAAAGCGGUUUACAGUGAAGUCAGAUAUUUCCUGUCUAGAGCGGAGAUCAAGUUUAAGUAAUACCAAAUAUUUGAGAUUCUUCCCAGAUGGUCACGUGACAGGAAUAGGCGGAGCUUCUCUGCAUAGAACGGAAUCAGUGACUAAGGCUCCUCCUCCUUUUUAGGACUAUCUCUUCCAGGUGAUCCAGUUGUCUCCUCUUCUCCUGAAUGACCCCAAGGAUGGACAAGAACAGGAAUGAGACGAAUCGGAGAAUAUUACACUUCACCUUGGAGAUCCUCCACCUGCUGACCGGAGAGGAUUACAUCAUAGUGAAGAAUACAUGGGGGGAGUAUGUGGCCCCCAGCAGCCAUCUCCAUGAGUCAGGAGGACGGAGCAGGGCCUGGGGCCCCAUCACAGAGCCACGACCUCUCUCACCGAUUAAUGAGGAGAAGAUCCUAGAACUCACCCACAGAAUCACUGAGCUGCUGACUGGAGAGGUUCCUAUAAGGUGUCAGGAUGUGGCGGUCUAUUUCUCCAUGGAGGAGUGGGAGUAUGUAGAAGGACACAAGGAUCUGUACCAGGACAUGAUGGAGGAUCACCGGCCCCUCACAUCACAAGAAAAUUCCUGUAAAAAUUCUGAAGAAAACUUAAUGUUAUCGGUAAAAUGUGAAGUAGAAGAUGAAGAUAUUAUAGAGCACUCUUCAGGAAAAGACCAUCUUACCCCUAAUAUUUUUCCAGAACUAUCAUAUAGUAAUCCCCCUGAUCAGUGGAAACCUCCUCACCGACCACAGCUGGUUACCAGGUGGACAGUUCAGAAAGCGGUGAAAAGUUUUUAUUGUGAUGAAUGUGGGAAAGGGUUUACAAGAAGAUCAUCUCUUAUUACACACAAAAGAAUUCACACAAGAGAGAAGACUUUUUCAUAUUCAGAAUUUGGAAAAAUUUUCAAAAAGGAACCAAAGCCUGUUACAUACAAAAGAACUUACAACGGAGAGAAGCCAUAUCCGUGUUCAGAAUGCGGGAAAUGUUUUACAAGUAACACAAAUCUCAUCAUCCAUGAGAGAAUUCACACAGGAGAGAAGCCGUAUUCGUGUUCACAAUGUGGGAGGCGUUUCGUACAGAAGCCGCACCUCGCUAGACAUGAGAGAAGCCACACGGGGGAGAAGCCGUAUUGGUGUGCGGAAUGCGGGAGAUGUUUUACAGAUCAAUCAAAUCUUGUCAAACACGAGAGGACCCACACGGGAGAGAAGCCGUAUUCCUGUUCGAAAUGCGGGAAGAGUUUUACGGAAAAAUCCUAUCUUACUAGACACGAGAGAAGUCACACGGGAGAAAAGCCGUAUCUGUGUUCAGAAUGUGGGAAAUGUUUUUCAGACAAAUCGACUCUCGGCAGACAUCGGAGAAGUCAUCAUAGUCAUGCUCAGAAUGUGGGAAAUGUUUUACAAGUAAAUCACAUCUUCUGAUAUAUGACCUAUGUCACACGGGAGAGAAGCCAUUUUCCUGUUCGAAAUUUGGAAAAUGUUUUCGGAAAUUUUUUCAAGUAUUUUACAAAAAAAAAAGGAGAUUAUGCGAAUAACAAGAAACAUUUAAACGGGGGGUGGGGGGAAUAAUCGAAUUCUGUACACUAAUCUUCUGUUUGACUGACUUUAAAGGGGUACUCCGCUGCCAGACAUCUUAUCUCCUAUCCAAAGGGGGUCCCGCUGCUGGGGUCCGCGCAGCUUCCAUUCUAAACAAACGCCGGGUUCCUGAAGCAGUGGUCGUGGCGUCAUGACCACGCCCCUCAUGAUGUCAUGGCCACGCCCCCUCCAUUCACGUCUAUGGGAGGGGGCAUGUCGGCCGACACCCCCCCCCUCCCAUAGACAUGAAUGGAGGGGGCGUGGCCGUGACAUCACGAUCGUAGCAUCGGAGUACCCUUUUAACCCCUUGAGGAUGCAGAAAUUAUUAUUUUUCCCUUUAGUCCCAUUUGAGGUUUGUUGUUGUUUUUUGCACCACCAAUUGAACUUUGUAAUGACGGCGCUCAUUUUACGGGGAAUAAAAAAAAAAAAAAUUAUAUAUAUAUAUAAUUUUUUUUUUUUUUUUGGGUGAGGGGGCGAAAUUAUUAAAAAACAAAAAAAAAAAUCACACAAUUGUUCUAAUUUUGGGGACUGCUGUUUCUACGCAGCGCACUUUUCAGAUCCUCUUUAUUCUGUGGGUCCGCACGAUUUACAACGAUCCCCAAUUAUUUUGGUUUUAUUUUAUUUUACAACUUUUUUCUAACAUUAACUUUUUGUAAAACAAAACAAAACAAUAUUAUGCUUAAAAUCCUCCUCUGACCUCUAAAUCUUAUAUUUUUCCGUAUACGCGGCUGUUUAAAGAUCGUUUCUUUGCGUCGUGAUCUGUAGUUCUUAUCGGUCUUGUUUUUAGUUUAGAUAGAAUUUUUUUUUAGCACUUUUUAUAAAUAUAAAAAAAAUAAAAAUUUGAAAUAUAAAGUGACUAACAAACAGCAAUUCUGGCGUUUACCCGUGAGAUUAUAAUAUUAUUAUUAUUAUUAUUAAACUUUAUUUCGAUACCAAAUAUUUUUAUGUUAUAUUUUUGGUUACGUUAGUUUAUUUGCAAAAAAUAUUUUUUGCACACAAAAAAAAAAAAUGGGAGUGAUUUUAAUAUUACAUUUUUAUUAGAGGAGGGGCUUAUUAACAUUUUAUUACAUUAUUUUAUUAACCAUGAUUUUUAGUCCCCAUAGGAUCUACUUGUAUAGCUCGGCUAAAUAAGCAGAAAGACAACAGUUUUUGUAUUUUUUUGUAUUUUUUUGGGGGGGGGUUUGGUUUUAUUAAGCAUGUUUUUACAUAUUCCCAGUAUAUUUAUUAAGGGUUUGUUGUUGGGUUUUUCCUGAUUUUGCAUGGAGACCAAUAAAGCAGCUCAGAAUCCCUAAAAAUAAAAUAAAUAAAAUUAUAAAAAAAAGGGGACAUCCCGAGAUCUUUACUAAAGGUUUUUCUAGAGUUUUUGGUUCAAAUGGCACAAAAAAAAUACACUUUAACAUACACGUCAAAAAAACAAUCAAAUACACUAAACGGCAGACUGCAACUGUGAUGGAACAUGAAAGCAAAACUGUGAUGCAUAGGAAUCUUAAAUAAAAUCCGACAAUUUUAGUGAAUCUGGGCCAUUAUAUAACUUUUUUUGUAUACAUUUGGGAACAACCAUAAUCUUUAUGUAAUAAAGUUUAUGAAAAUGAACAAAAAGCAAUAACAAACUGAAUUAGCAAAAAAUUUGUGAAAAGAAAUUCAGGAGUUGUUUGAUAUACAGUUGUAAAAAAUAAGUGAACCCUUUGGAAUUUUAUGGAUGCCUGAAUUUAUUACUAAUAAAAUGGGAUCUGGUUGUUUGUGAA